AUUGACUUCACAUCUCUCAUCACUUGCAUCCACAACUCCUCGACUACCACUCUACUCACGAUGUCCGACGAUCAGAUCAUUCAGAGGAUCAAGGCCGCCAAGGCACAUAUUGAGGCCGACUUCCAGAAAGCGGAUAAUACCUUCGACACUGUGUUGAAUUCGGACAAGUACCCUGAGGACCUGAAGAAAUACGUCAAGUCGUUGAAGAGCGAGAACGACGCGUUGAAGAGUAGCUUCAAGUAUGAUCAAAUCGAAACGGCCUACGACCAUUCUGCCUGGGUCAGUGCCGUGGCCGGAGACUUCAUCAACAAGGACUAUAGUGAACUUGUGAGAGAUGAAACCCCGCUCGAUGAUCGCAAGAAGAUUGCAGAGAACGAUAUAAAGCGUUUCGAAGAAGGCUUUAAACGUUUCAAGUGGGCCCGCGAGGACUUUGCCCCGUUCCCUGCCAAAGUGACUACAUACGUCGACAAGGUUGCCACGCUAUUCAAGAGGUACAAGCUUGAUGCCCUUGCCAACGAGUUCGUGAAACUAUUCUCCAACAUUCCUGACAGUUUCACGGCUUUCGAUGUCGUCUUUUUCAUCGCCGAGUUGAACGCUGAGGCUGCCGUUGUGGGUUUGCAGACUGCCAACAAGCAGAACAACAACGCUGCAUUCAAGGACGAGGUGAAGAAGGUAGAGAGCAACGUCAGGCCCUUUGAGACGUUUUUGAAGGACUUUGAGGAGGUCCUCAAGCCUAGCCAGGGUCAGUAAAUCAUUCGCCAUAUCGCCCGUAGGGAUGCUCUGGCCCACGGUGUGGUGUUUUCCAAUCCAGUUUCAUCCUGCCCAUUGUCUUGAUUUACAUAUUGUCUAAACCUGACACAUCUUACGAGCGUUCUUCCGCAUUCCGUGUUGUACUUGUACUAUUAUCAGUGUUCUGGAACAGUUUGAUAUACAACUUUUCUUACGUGUCCUUGGUGAUGAAUUUGUAACC